UGUGGAAAAUCCGAGCCUGCAAUCCAGCAGCAUCCCAAUGGAUAACCCUUUCAUUCACUACAUCGACAUGGCAGUCGUGAUUGGGGACCAUGAAACAUCAUGCAUCUUCUGCAUUCCAUUCUUGUACUCUUUAUUCUUCCCAUUUCAUCUCCAACCUUCGUUUCAUCUGUUUCCUACCCACCGUUACUUUAUUCAUAUUUGCUCCCUGGCAUAUCUCUGGGAGAUAUAAGGAGUUUGGGAGUGCUUGAUACCCUGGGAAACAUAGACCGUCAUGCCCCUACUUGUCACUAUCUUGUUCAAAGUACAGUGCUGUCCAGUUACAAUAUACUUCAGUAUACUUUGAUAGAUACCCGUCUAGUCAUAUGAAACAUUACGCUAAUAUGUGCCAACUUGCACUUUUGAGAAUGACAAAUCGUUUGGUUACUCGACGGCAAGGAAAGAAAGGAG